AUGCGAUUCGCGACUAUAGAAUGUUGUUUCCGAGGUUGGGCUGUCACAUCACCACCAUCCGAAGUUUGGACAACUGCUGUGGUGCAGGAAGAUCAUCUGGUUCCCGUGCCCCGAGCAGAUGAAACCAAGCACGAGCACUGGUGUCGCAUCGCCUUGGACAUUAGUGUGGACGAGAUGGAGAGUGCGCUGUGCAGUAGCGAAGAGCCGUUUGGAGUAGUGGGCUUGGCAACCGACGGCGUUCAGCUGUUGCGCGAGGGCGGUUGGUCGCAUAGCAGCAGGAGCAGCAGCAGCAGCAGCAGCAGUCUCAACGCAGGCCGGGACAUUGGGAUCGAGUGCGGCAGCAGCAGUGACAGCGACUCGCUGUCGGACAGUGAUACCAGUGACAACAGUGGCUACUCGAGCGGGCUGCCAGCAGAUGCAGGGGCGGAGCGGGCCAACAAGAAGCAUGCGGGAGGGACGUCGUGUGAAGAGGCAUCAUUGGCCCGCCCUGCCCACCCCGCUGCUUUGCAUGCCCUGUACUGGACAUUCGUGUUCAACUGCUUUAGCGAGCAAUCGUGGCGGUUUGCAGGCGCAGCUUUACUCGCGUUAUUGCAUCAAUCAAUACUGCCGGUGGCUGUGGCACGAUUCGCUAGCCAGCUAGUGGCGUGUGUGGCGGCGCCGCUGGUGGGCGAUCUCUUGGACUCGGCGCCCAGGGUGCCGGCUCUCAGAGCUAUCCUCGUCGCUCAGAGCGGCGCCAUCAUGGUGGGAGCAGCGGCAACCAUGCACGCGCUCAACUUCGCCUUCCCUGCUCAACCUCCACCUGCCGCUUCGGACACAGCCGCCACGUCAACUGCCACGUCAGCGCUGUCGGCUCUCCCCGCAGCAGCGGUGCUGCAGCAGGGGUGGUUCGUGGUGCUGCUGGUGGCGGGCGCGGUGGAGCGCGUGAUGGGGCUGGCGACGGGCGUGGCCGUGGAGAUCGACUGGGUGCUCGUCCUGGUGGGGGAGGGUCGGCCUGAGCUCAUGGCGACGGCCAUGGCGACUCUAGGGAGGAUCGAGCAGUUCGGUGAGGUGGCAGGGGCGUUCACAUUCGGGGGCCUCAUAGCCACGUAUGGGCCGUUCGUCUGUGUCAAAGCAUGCAUGGCCCUCGCUGCGCUCUCCAUCCCUGCUCUCCUUGCGCUGACGGCUCUCACCAACCACCUGUCGCACGGUGCGCUCAGCCACAGUGGUCCCUGUGAGUCCGCACAGAGGCUGGUGCCCGCUGUUGACUCUGCUGCCGAGGAUACCACUGCUGCUGCUCUACCCCACGUGCUUGAUGCUGCACCUUGCAUACUGUCGAGGGUGGGCAUGGCAGUGAUAGGCGCAUUCAGCAGUGCGUGUGCGGCCAUGGGCUUCGUUGCCUGCUUCAUCUCGCCGGCACUCGUUGCACGCCUCGGCAUCUUGCAGGCGGGCAGCAUUGCGCUGCUCUUCCAGGCCACCAUGCUCGCCCUCGCCGUGCUCGACUUCUCCUCGCUCUCUCUCUGCCCUCCCUUUCUGCACCAACGCCUGCUCAUGCUCUUCCUCUUGCUUGUGGGUGUCUGCGUACCCCUUUCGUUUUGCUCUCCUCUCCUCCCCGCACUCCUUCAUCACCCCUCUCGUCCUCCUAUGUGGCUAACUGCGGGGCAGGUGUUGUCGCGCAUGGGGCAGGGCAUGUAUCAGAUAGUGGGGUGUCAGAUCAUCCAGGCAGUGCCAGCAGCAUCAGCCAACCUGUUUGGGACCACGGAGAUGGCUCUGGGCAGCCUAGCAGAGCUCGCCAUGCUCUCCCUCGCCAUCCUCUUCCACGAUCCCAAGUACUUCGGCGCCCUUAUGCUCGUGUCCUUUGCCGCCGUCCUUGCUGCUGCUGCACUCUACUGCCACUGGCUGGCCAGGCCCGACCCAAGGCUCGCAAAGCUGUUUCCGGAUCAACCUAAGUCCUGGUGGGGGAAUCUGUUUUGGGGGGGAACGGGCCAGGACGAAGGAGAACGGGAAGAGGAAGCUUUGCUGCGUGAGCAAGGACUGGGGUUGGGGGAUCACCGAAGACGAGAAGCUGGGGAUGAAGAGGUGGGAUUGUUGAGAGAUAGGCAGGUGUAG